UGAAAGUAUUCAAAACGCGAAGCACAAUCGGAUUGAAAAGACGUUUGCUUUCCAGAGACGGACGCGGCAAGAGAGUCCUAGAAACACAUUUUAUACUGUAACGAUACACAAAGAUGAAGUUUUGUAUUUGUCUUGCAUUUGGACUGACAGUUGUCUUCUGGACUGGAUUAUCGUAUGGUUCAGUAAUCUCAGAUCUCAUCGAUUUCAAAGACAGUGCAGCCAAGUCGGUGAAAGAUUAUGAAUUUGGUUCCGAGGAGAAGCGCGAUUUUGGUGCUACUGCUACACUAAUUUCCGCGGGUAUAGCAGCAGGCACAAGCCUCAUAGGAACAACGACAAGUGCUCUUGCGGCGCAAACUGGUUACCAAGUAACGGUCGGAAUUGAAAUGGAGAACUAUUCAAAAUGGUUACUGUCAGACCCGCGCGGUGCAAACUGGUGGGGACAAAUAAGUACCCCACCAACGUCAGUGAAACCUCGAACGAAGGAAACUAUGAUAGCUCAUAAAACUGGCUGGCUGGCGACUGGCACCUCUGGUGUCGCAUCAUGGAAAUUUGUGAAAGGAGGCAGCGCGUAUAGAGUAAUAGUUAUGUGGUCUAUUCCUUGGAACCAAAACCACAACAGUAACUGGCUUGGGAUUGGCAUCCUCCCUGAACAGCCAUUCGACCCAUCGUUCAAUGACAUGUAUUACCGUACUGAUAAUUCUUGGUUUGUUAAAAAGGCUUAUUACAGAAACACCAACACGCUCAGGUUUUGCAAAUAUGACGUAUGUGUGUCUGGUUCCAUGGGAACGACUCAUAGGCCGCAAGCGACUAUACGUUUCAUACCCCAGAGCGUUGAUGAUCUUGCCAUCGGUUUAAAGGAUAUGAUUAAUGGCUAAAACAAUGUUAAAACAUUGAACACUAUUGCAUUUUUGAAGAGGUAUAAUUCAGAAAUAUAUUUGUAUCUAAAUAAUAGCUUACUAAUAUUAGUGCGAUGACAAUUUUUUAUAAUAAUGAGAUUGAAAAUCCACAAUUGAUGUUAACGACAAAGUUCAUUACCAUACCUUUAUUUCAUUGUAUAAAGAACCUUUGAUAUUUACUCUUCCUACAUCGUUAGCAAGCAUGUUUUGCUACAUUACUUAUGUACGACGGGCCCUAUCAUGUGAUAAAACUAUUCUAGAUAUAGAUACAUGUAUGCUAUAUAGCAGAAAUAUAAUUGAAAUUAUCACGCUUUAACCAUUAUUUUGUGGUUUGUUUAAUACGCAUAUGUGUUACUUGUAGGAGAGGGGCUUCACUGCUCGAGCAUAAGAUUAGUAGCAUUUGAAUUUGUGUAUCCUAAUUACAUUAUGGUCUCUAUUUUUUUGUAACUGCGAGUGGUGGUUGGCGUCUGUAACAAAUUCUUACAACUGCCAAUAACUUAACAAAUACUUUUUAGA